AUGAAAGUCCUAAUCUUUGUGUACAUGUUAAUUAGUUUAAGUUCAGCUAGAGAGCUUAUUAGCUUAAAUGAAACCGAAAUACUUUUUAUGAAUUUUAUGAUGAACCAGAUAACUGAAGAAGAUAAUCUUCUACUACAAGAUAUUCUUGAGAUUUUUCGUCGACCGGAGCCUGUUAACGUUGCACCGCUAACUCGUAGCAAUGAUAUUAGAAAGUGGAUUGAUUGUCAAGUCUGUCGCUGGGCAGGUAGUGCAUUAAAAAAAGCCGUUUUAAAUGGUUACUCGGAGAAGUUUCUCACAAAAGUGCUUUCAAGAAUCUGUUCUGGCCUAGGUAUUUUAACAUAUAAUGUAUGUCACGGAGCUAUAGCACUGAACCUGCCAAUUAUUACAUACAUAAUAAGAAGUACCCCCGAAGCUUCGGCUGAAGCUUUUUGCGGUCUGAUUCUACAAAGAGAUGCUGACCCUUUAGCGUGUCCGUAUUUCGACCCGAGGUUCGACUGGGAAGUGCAAUUACCGGAAAAGACAAACACAACAUCGUUUCUAGCAAUCGACGAAAAACCGUUAAAAGUGGCGAUAAUAACAGAUGCCCAUGUUGACCUACUAUAUGAACCAUCUGGAGUAGCAGCUUGUAAUGAGCCUACUUGUUGUAGAAAGGGGUCUACUGCAAAAAUAUUUAAUUCACUAAAAGUUAAUGAUUUCGUACUAGAAAAAAGUUUUGUUAGGGUUGAAGGUGCAGAAAUGUUGAAUGUCAGCAUAGCACAAGAAUUGAGAAUGAAAAAUAAAGGCGCAUCCGAUAAGCUUUUUGGCAUAAGUAAACCUAACCCAGCUGGUUAUUGGGGAGACUACAGAAAUUGUGACUCUCCUGUUUGGACAUUUGAAGAUGUUGUUGACAGAAUUAAAGAAACCCACAAAGACAUCGACAUUUUGUAUUACAUAGGAGAUACUGUGGAUCACGGAGUUUGGGAGACAUCGUACGAAUCCAAUACUAAAGUUCACCGUUACUUAUUUGAUAAAAUUAAAGCCACAUUUGGAGAUAUUAUGGUCGUGCCAGUUAUUGGAAAUCAUGAGUCUCAACCGAUAAAUCAAUUUGCUCCUUCUACAAUUACUAUACCUAAAUUAAACACAAACUGGCUCUACAACGUAUUGGCUGAUAAAUGGAAGUAUUAUUUACCCGAGCAAGCAGUGACAACUUUAAGAAAAAAUGGGGAAUUUUCAUAUUUGGUAAGACCUGGGCUUCGCGUUAUAUCAUUCAACAAUAACGUCGCAUAUAAAUAUAAUUGGUGGCAACACUACGAUCCACUGGAUUCGAAGAAACACUUGGACUGGUUAGUGCAGGAAUUGUACAGUGCUGAAUCAAAGGGCGAGAAGGUCCAUAUUUUAGCCCAUAUUCCCCCCGGGACCGAAGACCUUACUCACACCUGGACUAGAGAGUACAACAGGGUUGUUAACCGAUUCUCCUCAACUAUUGUAGCCGAAUUCAAUGGACACACACAUUCGGAUGAGUUCAGAAUCUUUUAUAAUCCUGAAGGAAAUCCCAUUAAUGUGGCUUGGGGGGGAGGUGGCAUCAUCACAUACAGUUCCUAUAAUCUUAAUUACAAAAUUGUUGACUUCAAUCCCAAGACUUUCGUGCCAGUCAGCAUACAAAACUUCAUUUACAACCUUACUGAAGCAAACCUAACGCCCAAGAAGAGACCACGUUGGUUCCUACUAUACAAUAUGACCGACAGCUUCGGAAUAGGGGAUCUUUCACCAAAGACAAUGAACAACUUAGUACAAUCAAUGGUAACAGAUCAACAGCAAUUACUAGAUCGAUAUGCGGCCUUCCAUUCGAAAAUGAGUGACGUACUUUGGCCCAAUUGCAAUGAUGCAUGUAAAACUGAUUUGCUGUGCCAAACUGUUGUCACUGUGCUCUGGGAUCGUCGAAAAUGUGAAGAGCUAGUAACAGAAUUCAUAAAAUAG